GAAAACGAAAUCACCACAUUAUCCUCCGCCCCACUACUCUCCUUCUCUCUCCUUCAACAUUUUUUGAUUUUGAUCGGAGCUUUCACAGAAAUUUGUUCCUCUGGAGAGGGAGACCACCAUCCAUCAAUGGAGUCCUCCAAUUCUACUUCUAGGGCUUUCUCCGGCCUCUUCACCUUCUUCGCUCUCAUCUUCUUCAUUCUUUCGCCGCUCGUUGACGCCGCCCCUGCUCCCGCUCCCGCUCCCGCUAGCGACGGGACCUCCAUAGACCAGGGGAUUGCGUACGUUCUGAUGCUGGUGGCGUUGGUUCUCACGUAUCUCAUUCACCCUCUCGAUGCUUCUUCCUACAGCUUUUUCCUCAAUUGAAUCCCUAGGAUUGUAGCAAUGUAGCGCUGUUUGUGGAUGUUUGAGAAGGAACGAGGCCCAACUUUCUUACUCUUUUUUGUGAUAAAUGUAGGCUUGAAAGGAAUGUGCAUAUUGGGUUUCGUAGAUUUUGAUCAAUUGCUCCAUUUAUUCAUUGUUUAUUCGAUUACUUUUUCUUGUCAUAAUUUAUUCAAUGGAUGGAUCCAUUUUGCAAAGCUUUUCAAGUCUGCCGAUCUGUUUGAUUGACAUUUA